CGCCGCCCCCCCCACUCACUGGUUUUCGAGGUUUGGAGAAGUUACUAUUAUUUACUUAUUCCACGCCAAAUUCCUGCAUUUUCUCGGAUCUCGCAUUUCUGUUUGGACGGGUUGAGAAGGUGGCACGUAGCUUUAUGAUCGUGUCUUCUCGUUAGAGGGAAUUAUUCGGAGAGAGAUAGGGUAGUGGAGACCGGUAAAAAUGAUGAAACAAAAUGGUAUUCUUGUCCAUUCGACUGGAGCGCGGUGGCCUCUUCCCCCUUUCUUCCACCAUAAGUAUCACCCACAGCAUCUUCAUUACUCCACGAAACGUUCUCUCAGAGUUGUUAAAGCAGCCAUGUCUAAUACAGCUGGUCAGGUCAUUAAAUGCAAGGCUGCGGUUUCAUGGGAGGCAGGGAAGCCGCUGGUGAUUGAAGAAGUGGAGGUGGCUCCACCACAGGCAAAUGAAGUUCGUAUAAAGAUCCUUUUCACCUCUCUCUGCCACACUGAUGUUUACUUCUGGGAGGCCAAGGGACAAAAACCAGCAUUUCCUCGGAUAUUUGGCCAUGAAGCUGCAGGAGUGGUUGAGAGCGUGGGUGAGGGCGUAACGGAUCUCAAACCAGGAGACACUGUCCUCCCGGUGUUCACCGGAGAGUGCAAGGAGUGCCGGCACUGUAAAUCAGAAGAGAGCAACAUGUGUGACCUCCUUAGGAUAAAUACUGACAGGACUGUUAUGCUGAGUGAUGGCAAAUCGAGGUUCAUCGCUAAGGGAAAGCCCAUCUACCAUUUCCUUGGGACCUCCACUUUCAGCGAAUACACCGUUGCCCAUGUUGGCAGUGUGGCCAAAAUCAAUCCUGCUGCCCCACUUGACAAAGUUUGUGUUCUUAGUUGUGGAAUAUCUACAGGUCUGGGUGCUGCUAUCAAUGUUGCAAAACCCAAAAAGGGCUCAUCUGUUGCAGUUUUUGGAUUGGGGGCUGUAGGCCUUGCAGCUGCUGAAGGGGCUAGGAUUUCUGGGGCAUCAAGGAUCAUCGGUGUCGAUUUGAACGCCAGUAGAUUUGAACAAGCCAAGAAGUUUGGUGUGACCGAGUUCGUGAACCCCAAAGAUCAUGACAAACCUGUUCAAGAGGUGAUUGCUGAGAUGACCGAUGGAGGAGUUGACCGGAGCAUAGAGUGUACUGGAAGCAUUGCCGCCAUGAUCUCUGCAUUUGAAUGUGUUCAUGAUGGUUGGGGCGUUGCUGUUCUUGUUGGUGUGCCAAACAGAGACGAUUCAUUCAAAACUCACCCCAUGAAUCUACUGAAUGAGAGGACUCUCAAGGGCACAUUUUUUGGCAACUUCAAACCCCGCACCGAUCUUCCCCGUCUCGUGGAGAAAUACGUGAAUAAGGAGCUGGACCUGCAACUGGAGAAAUUCAUCACCCAUGAAGUCUCCUUCUCUGAUAUCAACAAAGCAUUUGACUACAUGCUGAAGGGGGAAGGCCUCCGGUGCAUCAUCCGCAUGGGAGCCUAGAACACACUCCAUGAGUGGAGUCUAUGUUAGAUGAUGAGAAAAUAAGGGAGGAGUGAGCCUGUGCGAAUGCGUAUAACGCAAGAGAAAUUUGGCUGUGUACGUUAUAUGGUGUAGCCUUUUAGACACUUGUGUUGUUAAGGAUGAUUCAAAAACAACUCCCACUCGCUUUCGGAAAUUCUGGGUAUCUUUCUUUUUUCUCUGAGGUUCAAUACAUGUUAGUAAUAUUUCCAUUGA